UAACGCAACAGCGGAUCUGAACUGGGGACACAGCCACUUACUUGGAUCAAACGACUCAGCUAUUCAGCUUCAAGGAUGCAGUGCGUGUACAUGUGGAUGUGCCUUUGCCUGUGUGGGAUGGGUCUGUGUGACGUCCUGCAGGAGAAACAGGUGGACUUUGGCCUGCGCGUCUUCUCUGAGUUGACCCGUUCCUCCUCCAACCAAAACCUGGCCUUCUCCCCUUACGGUAUCACGUCUGUCAUGGGGAUGGCUCAGCUUGGGGCAUCCGGCAGCACGCUGAAUGCCCUGACUUCCGGUAUGGGCUUCUCCCUGCAAGAGCGGGGAGUUCCCAGGCAGCAGCGCCUCCUGCAGAGGGACCUGUCACGAGAGGACGCGGUGCAGCUGAUCAGCGGAGUGAUGGUGGACCGCAAGCUGACUUUGGAGAAGUCCUUCCGCAGAGGACUAAGCAAAGCCUACCAGAGCUCCCCGCACCAGGUGGACUUCUCCAGGCCAGACAAAGCUCUGCAGGUCAUCAACGACUGGGUGUCAGACUACACAGAAGGUUCCAUCCCUAACUUCCUCUCCUCCGACGCCCUUACCGAGGAGACACGGCUUGUGCUGCUCAAUGCCAUCCAUUUCCGGGGGCUCUGGAAGGUGCCCUUUGACCCCAAGUUGACCCAGGAAAGACUCUUCCACUGUGCCAAUGGGAGCACCAUGUCUGUGCCCAUGAUGAGGAUCACCCAGCGCUUCAACUAUGGUGACUUUGUGACAGAAGAUGGCGUGGACUAUGAUGUCAUUGAGGUUCCCUAUGAAGGGGAUGACCUGAGCAUGCUGCUGGUGUCUCCCUUUGAGCGGGAUAUGCCUCUGUCCACUGUGACCUAUGGGCUCGAUGUGAAGACCCUGCAGGGUUGGAGGGAAGGCCUGAGGUCGGUCAACCGCCAGCUGGCACUGCCCCGGUUCUCCAUUGACAGCGAAAUGGACCUGAAGUCCAUACUCACGCGCCUGGGGCUGGGUGACAUCUUCAGCCAGAAGAAGGCUGACUUCUCACGCAUCACCAUUGAGGAGCCACUGUGUGUCUCCAAGGUUCUUCAGAAGGUCAAGAUUGAAGUAGAUGAAGAGGGAACAAAGGGUGCGGCAGCCACAGCUGCUGUGAUCUUCUCACGCAUGGCCGUCGAAGAGAUCACCCUGGAUCGACCAUUCCUCUUCCUCAUCCAGCACAAGCCUACAGGAGCUGUCCUGUUCAUGGGUGAAGUGAACCAACCUCAGCAGCACUAGCUCCCCAUUCCCUGAAGCUGGGGCUCAAGCAUGAAGACCGCUGGUGAAAUUUAAAAACAUUCCAUCGGCAUAGGCAUCUGUCAACAACUGAAACCAUACGAGCAAUCAAAUCUGCAGCUGACAGACACCAGCUGUGUCUAUCUAGUGUGUGGAGAGUCCUGUCUGAUCACUUGCUCCAUCCAACUGUAGUUUAAUUAUUGCACAAGAAGAGUUUCUUUGUCAGUAUUUUUGUACAUUUUCUUAAAAAAAAUUCCAAAUCAAAGACAUACAAUGCUGUGGGAGUGAUUGUCAGGUUUCCCACUGACUGCGCAAGCACAAGAAAGAUUCAGUAGCCACCACCAUUUCUCAUGUAGAAGAAUUAUUUUUUUAGCUUAGCUUUCAUAGCAAACUUUCAUACUGGGAGAGACUGAUAUCAAGUCAAGUGUAUUCACUCGUUCAUUAAAGGGAGAGAGAGAGAGAGGGAGAGGGAGAGAGAGAGAUAGCACAUAUAUUUUCAUAAGUUGAAAAACUAUUAGAACAACUAUUUGCUCUGAUAAUCUGUAUUUUGAUUAUGCUUUGUAUGGAGGCAGUACAUGGUUGGGAUAAUGUGGAUGAUCCCAGAUGAAGAGGAAAGAUUCUGAAUCAAUGCACUGUAACACAGCUGGAGUAAGACUAGGUUUGAUGAGGUGUAAGGCUAAUAAGACUGACAGAAGUAAUGUUCAGGACAAGAGGCUUUGAAUAAGGAGACAAAGGCCAACAGGGUAAGCUCCUGGUUCAUUGCCUAGUUCCCUACGAUGAGCGUUACUUCUGUUCUUGCUUAUUGGGACAGUUCCAUAAAUAUCUGAAGACCUCUAAAGCCCUCUCACUCCACUGGACAUAACCUGAAGAAAAAGUAAUGAGAUGUAUGUAUUCUUAUUUUGCUGUUGAUGAUCGUGUUUAUUUUCAUACUGGUUUCUUGUCU